AUGAUGAGAGUUGGAGAAAUAGACGAUGUCAGUGGGAAUCGUUGCUUGAUUGUGGAAAACGGAGAUAUCGGGGUUUUAUUUAAAUUACGCUGCCAGUCUAAUCUAAUCGUUGAUCUCAUUCAACCGGAUUUGCUCAAUCCACGCCCGCUACAAUCCAUUCACGGCGUUAUUGGAUUGAUUGAGCUACAGGGGUCCACUUACCUGGUGGUUAUAACCCAGUCUAUUAAAAUUAAUAGCGAUUAUUUGAAAAUCUCAAGGGUACACUUCUACUCACUCAAUUCCCAUUCAAAUGACCUGAUUGACACUCCUGAAUUGGACUUUGACUAUCAUUACUGCUUAGAUUUGAAGAGACUGAUUGAAUUUGGCAACUUCUACUACUCCCCCACCACGGAUAUCACCAACAAUUCCAUUGACAGCGGCAAUCCACCUAACGAUCACUUUAUCUGGAACUCUUUCCUUGUAGACCCGUUGUUGCAGUGGAAGUCCUCCCUCCAACUCCCACAACGAUCCCUAAUCGACUCGCUUAACCCCUUCACUAUCAUAAUCCAAGGCGCUAUUUCCAUCUACCCACUACCCAACUCUAACUCCUCCCUACAACUCAUUAGCAGGCUCUCCUCCAAACGAGCCGGCACUCGCUUCUACUCUCGUGGCGUUGAUGACGACGGCCAAGUCGCCAAUUUCGUCGAAUCUGAGACAAUUUUCAUUCACAACAACCUCACCUUCACUUACACUCAAAUACGCGGCAGCAUUCCUCUCUUUUGGGAGCAGCAGGGUCUCCAAGCUUUCGGUCAGCGCAUACAAAUCACUCGCCCUUACCGCGCCUCUCAACCCGCAUUCGAAAAGCACUUCUACAACCUCCUCCAAUCCUACGACGCUAUACACGUCCUCAAUUUGUUAGGUCAGAAAGACCAUGAAGUGACGCUCUCUGAUUCCUACAACACCCAUCUCGACUCUCUUCAGAACGUCAAUCUGCCUAUAACAUACAGUAAUUUGGAUUUCCACACGGUGCUGCGUCUCGCUGGACAUCAGGCGGUAGUGCAAAAGCUAGACCAGCACCUCUCUCAGGGGCAGGGGCAGGGACCUACGUGGUCUUUAAUCGACAAUACCACCGGCCAAACCAUUAUUAAGCAGCAUGUAGUAUUUCGCGUCAACUGUCUAGAUUGUCUCGACCGCACCAAUUUCGUCCAAGACAUUUUCUCCAAAUCCCGUCUGGGCGAUUACCUAACCUCUACGGGAAGCGCCUAUGCGCACGACGAGGGCUUCUGGCAAGCGCAUCGUCAUCUGUGGGCGGAGAAUGGGGAUGCACUGUCUCGGCUAUAUGCUGGCACGGGAGCGCUUAACAGCAGCUACACGCGCACGGGGAAGCGUACACUGGCUGGACUUUUCUCCGACGCUACUAAAUCUGUUACACGCGCGUAUGUAUCGAAUGUAACGGAUAAGGCGAAACAGACGAGCAUUGACAUGUUCCUGGGUAACCUCCCUACGCAACGUGGGGUAAGUGUUUAUGACCCCGUGUCCGACCUUGUGAAUGGAGCGCUAGGAGAGAGACUGGGGGAAUACUCUACCUCACAUCCUAUCAGUAUACACACAGGCACAUAUAAUGUCGCAGGUCAGAUACCGACAGAGGACAUACUCCCGUGGAUCCUCCCCGAUUUGCCUGGUCAAGCGGAUGCCGAUAUGCUCGUGCUUGCUUUCCAAGAACUCGUUCAACUCACGCCUCAGCAAAUUAUGUCUACUGACACCUUCCCUCUCGCCGUAUGGGAGCGCUUCAUUCUCGAGACACUACGCAGUCGCGGGGAUGAGGGUGAGAGUAAGUACGCUCGAGACGACUACAUAAUCUUGCGUUCCGAGCAGAUAGUUGGGCUGGCCUUGAUAGUGCUAGUAAAAGCACCGCUCGCACCGCGCGUACGUAGUGUGGAGGGAGUGUUAAAAAAGACGGGUCUCAAGGGGAUGUCGGGCAACAAAGGGGCUGCGGCGAUACGACUGCAGUACGAGAGCACGACGUUUUGCUUCAUAGCCGCACACAUGGCAGCCGGGCAAGCAGGUGUGGAAGAGCGCAACAACGACUACCGCACCAUAGCAGCAGGACUCUCCUUCCAGCAGGGAAAAGUUCCUUCUUCGCACGACUGCGUGAUCUGGCUCGGCGAUUUCAACUACCGCGUCGAUCUGCCUUACGAUGUCGCUACACAACUUGCCUACGACGGCGAUUUUCACUAUCUCCUCAAACAUGAUCAGCUCAGUCGGGCGAUGCGAUCGGGGAUAUUCAAGGGAUUCACGGAAAUGGAUAUUCAUUUCGCUCCCACUUACCGCUUUGAUUUUGGGAGCGAUGUUUACGAUACUAGCGAGAAAAGACGCGUGCCGGCUUACACGGAUCGCGUGUUGUAUAAGUGUAGAAACGAUGCUGGUGGUGGAGAUGCCGACAUGCUUCAGGGACAGGCUUACGAUAGUGUGCCCCUCAAAGGCUCCGAUCAUAGACCCGUCUAUGCUCGUUUUAGCGCAGUCGUGAGGGUCAUAGAUGGAGACAAACGCGAUGCUAUCGCGAAACAAGUACAGAAUGACGCCAACAGGUCUAUCGUUACUGAGGAAGGCGUCGAUGAGAAACUCGCGAGGUUGGGGUUGAAAGGGAGGAAUAUGAACAGAAGUUUGAGUGUUGAUUUGAAUGGUGGGCUUACUCCAAAUGAUGAUCUCCUGCCCCCUUCUAGCCUCCCCUCACCUAGCACCGAAGUAGACAACUGGUGGACUGAUGAACUCGGCAACGAUAUCGACUUUGUCUCGCAUUUGUAUCCGGAUGGCAAGGAGGAUGAUAUAGCAGUUCCGUCUGCGCAGAAGAUUAGACGCCCACCUCCACCGCCACCAGCUCGUUUGGAUGUCGAUGUCGAUGAAAAGGAUGAUACGGCUGUUGACGAUGUUGAAGAUGUCGACGACGCUGAAUUGAUCAGAUUGAAUAAGAAUAAGGAAAACACAGGCACUCCUUCUCCACGCAAGCCUUCGGUGACUGAGAUGAUCGGUAAGAUAGAGGGAAGUAAUAGCGACGUGAAGGAGGAGAGGGAGGAGGCUGGUGACAGCAGUGAUACACUCAAAGACGCACACACCAAUUCACAAAACACUAAGCCAAGAAAGCCUCGCCCACCAGUGCCUAAAGCGACGAAACCACGCGUGCUAAGUAACGAUGAGGAAAUCAAAGCUGAGUGA